AUGGUCAAAGUAGCUAUUGCUGGUGGCUCAAGCAGCAUCGGCAAAGCUAUAUUCGAUGCCAUUGAGAAACUCGGAGCCGACGAUGCCAUAAUUUUGGGUCGGAAGGCAACCGGCGACUCCAAGGUAGUCGUUGUCGACUACACGAGCAUCCAAAGUCUCACAGAGGUUCUCGACACACAUAAGGUUCACACGGUUAUCUCGACCGUUUCCAUCGCUGAUGAUGCCAGUGGAAUGGCUCAAAUGAACCUCAUCGAGGCCGCUGUUGCGUGCCAACACACCAAACGGUUCAUGCCGAGCGAGUUUGGAGCCAAAUACGACGACGAGUUCAUCCGUGACAUCCCUACUUACGAGUGGAAAUUCAAGGCAGUUGACCGUCUGAAGGAGACCGAUCUUGAAUACACCCAAUUCUCGAACGGAAUGUUCAUGGACUACUGGCUCGCGCCACGCAUCGAGUCUGCGUUCCGACUCAAUCUCCCAUGCUGGGUCGACCUUGACAACCACGUUGCAGCCAUCCCUGGUGACGGGAACAACCCCAUUGUGUUGACUCACUCGCGCGAUAUCGGGUGCUUCGUCGCAGCAGUGCUGGGUCUACCUCGUUGGGAGCGCAGGUACUAUCUAGCAGGAGACAAGUUGACUGUCAACGGCUUCAUCGACGUCGCCGAAGAAACAAGCGGCGUGAAGUUUGAAAAGAAGUAUGAUGAGCUCGAUGUAUUGCGAGAGGGUAAUUGUACCCCGCUUCCGGCGUGGGAGAAAAAGAUUCCAUCUGCGUACAGAAGAACCGUCAUGCGGCAGGUCGCGCUUUCUGGAAAGAGAGUUGCGCAAGGUAAGAUGGAUUUGCCGACGGAGGGCCGGGUCAACACCCUCUUCCCAGAAAUGACAACUCUCACAGUUCGAGAGGCACUGCAAAUCUAUUAUGCACAGGAUUGA